GCUAUAAAUGCACCUAUGCGCGGCCGGGGGACGGCACCGCGGCCAUGGGCGGCUGCAGCAUCCUCCUCCUCCUCCUCCGCCGGCUCCCCGGCCGCACCUGCGGCCGCGGCGCGUCCUCGCUGAGCGCUCUGCGGCCGGCGGAGACGCUGCCCGGGCCGCCCAGCUGGCCGCUGAUGGGCAGCCUGCCCGACGUGCUCUGGAAAGGGGGGCUCAAGCAGCACGAGACCCUGGCUCAGUACCACCGCAGGUUCGGGAAGAUUUUCCGCAUGAAGCUGGGCGCCUUCGACUCGGUGCACAUCGCGGCGCCCUGCCUGCUGGAGGCUCUGUACCGCCGCGAGAGCGCCUGCCCCCAGCGCCUCGAGAUCAAGCCCUGGAAAGCCUAUCGCGACUAUCGCGACGAGGCCUACGGGCUGCUCAUCCUGGAGGGAAAGGACUGGCAGAGGGUAAGAAGUGCCUUUCAGAAGAAAUUAAUGAAGCCCCGCGAAGUUGUGAAAUUGGACGCGACGAUCAAUGAGGUCCUGGAGGACUUUAUGUACAGAAUAGAUGAAGUUUGUGACCACAAUGGACAGAUGGAAGAUGUCUAUUCAGAAUUCAACAAAUGGUCUUUUGAGAGUAUCUGUCUGGUGCUGUAUGGAAAGAGGUUUGGCCUCCUGCAGCAGGACGUAGAAGAAGAAAGUCUGAACUUCAUCAAGGCUGUAAAAACGAUGAUGGCCACUUUCGGGAUGAUGAUGGUGACCCCUGUGGAGCUGCACAAGGGGCUCAACACCAAAGUCUGGCAAGCUCACACCAAAGCAUGGGAUGAUAUAUUUAAAACAGCCAAGCACUCCAUCGACAGCCGGCUGCAGAAGCACUCGGCCAACCCCCAGGGGGAUUUUCUGUGUGACAUCUACUCGGGGGGACACCUGUCCAGGAAGGAGCUCUACGCUGCCAUCGCUGAGCUGCAGAUCGCCGGCGUGGAGACGACAGCCAACAGUUUGCUGUGGGCUCUCUACAACCUUUCCCGCAACCCACACGUCCAGCAGAAGCUUUUCCAGGAAAUCCAGCGAGUUUUGGCUGCUCAGGAGAGCCCGAGUGCUGAGAGCCUGAGGAAUAUGCCCUACCUAAAAGCCUGUCUGAAAGAAUCCAUGAGAUUAACCCCAUCAGUGCCUUUCACCACCCGCACCAUCGACACAGAAAUGGUUCUGGGAAAUUACAUGCUGCCCAAAGGGACGGUGCUGAUGAUCAACAGCCACGCCCUGGGCUGCAGCGAGGACUAUUUCAGGGGCUGGGCUGAGUUCAGGCCCGAGCGCUGGCUGCACAAGGGCUCCAUCCAUCCCUUCUCCCACGUCCCCUUCGGCAUCGGCAGGAGGAUGUGCGUGGGGCGCCGCGUGGCCGAGCUGCAGCUGCACCUGGCCCUCUGCUGGCUGAUCCGCAAGUACCGGCUCGUGGCCACGGACCGGGCGCCGGUGGAGACGCUGCACUCGGGAAUCCUCGUCCCCAGCCGCGCGCUGCCCGUCGCCUUCCAGCCGCGAGGAGCUCGUGUUUUCGCAGGGAAUAUCCCGUGUUUCGCGCGGCUCCUGGCUCUGGAGUUGAUUUUGUGGCCACACUUUCUGUGCGUGACGCAGCUCAGAAAGGGGGAAAUCAGCACACACCCUCUGCUGCAGAAAAUAACAGCCAGGGUUUUGUUAGAACUUCUCCACUGCGUUCCCAGAAAGUAUUUCCUGGAAAAAGCCAUUUGAUCUGGGGCAUCAGUUUGCAGAUUUAAAGGAACUGCUCACUGCAGAGUUUAGAUAACAAAACUUCAUUUGAGGCAGAAGGACAGAGAAGAAUCUACUUGUAAAUCGUUAUGCAGUGUUGCAACUUAAAUAUUUUGAAUGUAAAAUUUUCUCUCUCACAAGUUUAUGCAAAUGAGCUAACAAAAUAACUUAUUUGUGCAACAACCUAAACAGAGAAAACAAGUUUCUGAUCUAGAAUGAAAGACUCCAAUUAGAAAUCCAGGACAUUUCAAUACUGAGGAAGUUAUUUUUUUGCCAGCCAACACCACAGAAAAAAAUAUAUCUCCCAGUAUAAUCUGAAUAUUCACUCCUUUAACUGAAGUUUGUUCA